ACUCCUUGAUCCCAAUGGGUGUCAAACACGUACUAUACCUUGUGAAGAAAUAGCAUCUGCUGCAUGAUAUCUCAUAUUCCCCGAUCUGACGCUGCUCAGCCUCCAAUGCAACGACCCAAGCAUUGUUUGAAUAGAACGCGAAAUGAUGAAUCGGCAACAAGCUGCAGAGAAGGCUUUGCAUGAUCAGACUAAUAUUUUGCCACUUGGUCAACUACUGAUUGUUUUUGCUGGCCUGGCAGUGUCACUACUUAUCACUUUCGUCGACCAGAACGGCAUCAGCGUUACUCUCCCCACAAUUGCCAAAGAUCUCCAUGCUGAAAAUACUAUCUCCUGGGCGGGGACAUCGUCCCUCAUCGCAAAUACUAUGUUCACGGUGCUGUAUGGCCGUCUUUCCGAUAUCUUUGGCCGAAAGAUAGUCUACCUUCUUGCGUUGGCCCUGCUCUGUAUUGCCGAUUUGCUCUGUGGCCUGUCACAGAAUGCCCCUAUGUUCUAUGUCUUUCGGGGACUGGCAGGUGUUGCAGGAGGUGGUGUUACCUCUUUGACCAUGAUCAUUGUGUCUGAUAUCGUGACCCUUGAACAACGAGGCAAGUACCAGGGAAUCUUGGGUGCCUCGCUUGGACUUGGAAACGUAAUUGGUCCCUUCCUUGCAGCUGCAUUUAUCAUGAAGGCGACCUGGCGGGCGUUUUUCUGGCUCCUCGCUCCGUUAUCAGUAUGCUCUAUAGUGGUGGGAUAUUUUCUCAUACCAAACAAUGCCCAGAAGUCUAGUUUCAGAAAGAAUUUGGGGCGGAUUGAUUAUUACGGGGUCAUUGCGUCGUCUAUCGGGAUUAUCUUCCUGCUCAUUCCCAUAUCUGGUGGCGGCUCUUACUUCGAGUGGGACUCUGCAAUGGUGAUAAGCAUGCUAGUCAUCGGUGGUUGCUCUUUGAUUGUUUUCAUUUUCAUAGAGUGGAAGGUGGCUACGCUUCCUAUGCUUCCCAUGGUUAUGUUCAGGAAUAAAGUGAUAUGUACUUUGUUCGUGCAGAGCUUCCUUCUCGGGGCUGUCUACCAGUCGAACCUCUAUUAUCUGCCUUUGUAUUACCAAAAUGCUAGAGGAUGGUCUCCAAUCCUCUCUGCAGCACUAACGACGCCCAUGGUAGCUUGCCAGUCACUGGCGUCCAUCUGCUCUGGACAGUACAUCUCUCGCCGCAAACGGUAUGGGGAGGUGAUCUGGGCAGGCUUCGGUCUUUGGACCCUUGGUGCCGGCUUGAUGCUUCUCUUUAAUCGCCGUACCAGUAUUGGAGCAAUAGUCGUGAUCGUUCUCGUACAGGGCAUAGGUAUAGGCUUCGUCUUCCAGCCUACACUAGUGGCAUUCCAAGCGCACUGCACCAAAGCUCACCGGGCAGUUAUAAUAUCGAACCGCAACUUCUUCCGCUGCCUGGGCGGUGCUUGUGGACUUGCUGUGUCGGCCGCGAUACUACAGGCGGUUCUCAAGUCCAAUCUGCCAGAGGGAUACCAAAAUAUUGCUCACUCAUCAUACUCACUACCAUCCAGGUCAGGCGUUGCGGACGCAGAUUGGGAGCAAAUCAUCACUGCCUAUGCGAAGGCCUCAAGGGGAGUUUUUAUUUUGCAAGUCCCGCUGAUCGGGAUUUGCUUCCUUCUGUGUUUCUUCAUCAAAGAUAGAGGACUAGAAAGGCCCAAGGACCCUGGGGAGGAAGAGGAGGAAAAGAAGAAACAGAAGGAUGACGAUAGCCGUGGAGCCCAGGAGCUCACAGCCCAGGAAAAAAGUGUGCCCUCAGAUCUUGAGAAUCAGUCUGCAUCUGCUAAUAAUGCGAACCGUGGGGUAUGUACUUCCUACAUUUGUAGUUCAGUUACUUUGAAUGUUGUGCUCUUAUCGAUAAGGACUCCACGUGUCUUGGCUUCCCCAUAUCCCGAUUCUACUCCAAGUCUCCAACACCCAUCUCCCCACAUUGCUGGAAUCUACUGGCGAUCUAUUUGUGACAACGAGUACCCAAUUUGCUCCAAUUGCCAAAAGGCCGGGGCUGCAUGUGACAAGGCCACCGUGCGACAGGAGAGCGGCCAACAAAAUGCGUACACUCGUGCUCUAGAGGAGCGUAUCGAGUAUCUCGAGUCGCAACUUAAGUCGGGACGGACGAGCAGUAAUGCUAGUGGUGGUGUCUCAAAUCCAGUUGCGGCGUUCUUAUCACCUAAUAGCCAAGAAGCGGUCCAGCGUAGUUCUCCAACUGGCAUCGAGCAUAACGCGAUCGGGGACCUGGUGGGAUUUCUUGCACUGAAUUCCUUAGAGGCUCCUGCGUAUGUGGGGUCGAGUUCAGGAGUCUCUCUGGCAGCCAACCUGGGUGAAAUGGUUCAGACAACGGUCUGGAACCAAGUCCUAGCGCCACAGCGAGGUUCCGAGAACGCUCAAUCUGCUGGGAAUAGUGUAACUACGAGGAAUGCAAAUUUGGGUCUUUCCUAUCAACCAGCUAGUGCGAGACAUGCCAGUGAUCGGUCUCGAGCGCCGAGGAUGGAGGAGCUACUGGCGAAGGGUGCUGAGCCACCGAAUGACGAAAUGGGAUCGCGAAUCAUGAAUGCUUAUCUGACACGACUCCAUACCCGGUAUCCAUUCCUAGAUAGGAGAGAGCUAUGGCGACUGCACGAAGCCCGCUGGCAGUUAGCGAAGAAAAAACGCGAGGAACUUUCUAAAGUUGAGAAAUUUGGAAUAUUUCAACUAUACAUAGUCUACGCGAUCGGAGCGACCUUUCUCCAACUAAGUGAGCGGUACUCAUACAUCCCUCCCGAGCGAUUCUAUAUGACCGCCCUUCAGCAAGCUUCAGCUAUGUGCGAGGCACGGUCCAUUGAAAAUAUAAAAGCCAUGACGCUUUUAGUUGUGUACCACCUUCGCUCGGCGUCUAGCCAGGGAGUGUGGUACAUGAUAGGGCUAGCUAUGCGUACUGCUAUUGACCUGGGGCUCCACAGGAAGGCGAAUGAGGUCAAUCUUGACCCAUUUACAACCCAACUGCGGCGAAGACUAUUCUGGACAGUUUACUACUUAGAGAGGGUUGUCUCCAUGUCCCUGGGUCGGCCGUUCAGCAUUGCAGAUAGGAACAUCGACCUCCCCUUGCCCUUAGACGUGGACGACGACGUACGGGACUCCGCUAUUCUAACAGCACCUCCCCCGACAGAUAGACCAACAACGAUGACAUUUGCCUUAUACCUAAUCAAGGUACGUCAGAUUGACUCCAAAGUUCAGCAUAAGAUAUAUCGAGCAGACCGCCCACUCCACGCCCUUCGGUCAAAGAUGGACCGUCUAUUCCUCGAAUUAGAGGAGUGGAAACAAUCGGCACUGCUUCGAUUUAGUGGGCCAGAUCUCGACUAUCCGAUGCUACACUAUAACCGGGCGCUACGACUUCUGAUCCAGCCUUUUCUGCCAUCGCUUCCUCUCACAGACCCGUAUUAUCAUAUCUGUCUCCGCGCGGCUGGCGAUAUCUGCCAGACUCAUAAAAGAUUACACCAGACGCUCGAAUACGGCCACUCUUUCCUAGCAGUGCAGACCGUAUUCAUGGCAGGCAUCACAUUGUUGUACGCCCUAUGGACGCACACUAGCGAGGUAUGGUCCGUACAAAUGAGCAACGACAUCCGCGCCUGCUCCACGGUGCUAUUCGUCAUGGGCGAACGAGCAGCAUGGGUCAAGAAAUAUCGGGACGCAUUCGAGCUCCUCGUCAACGCAGCCAUGGAGAAGCUUGAGGGAAGCGACGCAGCCAAGAAAGUUGGAAUGGCCGAACUGAUGACAGCCCAACAUGGCAGUGCCAAUCCCCGCAACACUGCUAGCAUGUCCAAGGAGGAUCCAACAACCGGUCCAGGCAUGCCCGAUGUCAACUCAGUACAGAUGGAUCCGACAGCGCAGGAUCAUGGAGUGCGCAUGGCGUUCCAACUUGCCCCUUGGAUUGAUCUAGAGGAGGAUUGCCCGUUCUGGAUGCCUGAUUUUGAGACUUUAGAGAGCUUAUCCGGGAAUCUCUGGGGUGGUGAGGAUCCUGUACUGUUUGAUCCUCUGUAA